AUGUUGACAAUUUGCUACAGGCUUCAGACCAUCAUCAACACCCUCAUGUCUGACAGUGUCUUGAACUCCCUUGGUGCUCGAUUCCCUAGCUUUAGGGGCCUUAGAACAUUUGUCAGUUGUGUGGCUAAGAAUUCUGCAAAAUUAGAAGGGGGAACACCUCAUGCUAGCAGCGAUGGUGUCUUCAUGUCCCCUAGUGUUGGAGUUAAAAAUGAUGAUUCAGUGGCUGCUGCUCAAGUUACUCUUCCUUAUUCAGGUAUUUCUAAGCCUGUAGAACCUGCUGCGGGGAAAUGGAGAGACAUGUUCUCCUCCAACCGUAACACAGCUAAUUGUCCCACAAUUGUUCAUUUUUCUGAUUCCAGUAAUGCUGAGAAUUAUACCUUGUUAGAUGGUGACUUAGACAAUAACUGUGAUGUUUGGAAGUUAUGUGUUGUGGCCAAUGUGGCGGGGAAAUUUCCUGGGUUCAAAGCUCUGACUAGUAUGAUAGGAAACACCUGGAAAUGUGAUGCUUCUUUGACUAUACAUGAUUCCGGAAGGCUGAUUAACAAAUUCAAUAAUGAGGAUGAUAAGCUUUUUGUUUUAUCUGGUGGUCCUUGUUUGGUAUAUGGGAGACCUUUGGUGUUGAAGUCUAUGCCUGAAUAUUUUGAUUUUGCUUCUAAUGAGAUGACCAGACCGAGUUUAACAGGGCACGGCGGAAGGCCCCCUCAAGAAGCUGUGCUCAAAGCUAUUUCUGCAUACAGUCACAUAUUGAUAGAAACUUCUGUUGAUGAUACAGAGGUAUCAAGGACAGAAGGGAGGGUUGGACAAACCACAAAUGUGGUUAUUGGUGGUACGGUAGCAGAUGAUUCUACUAAUGAAUGGCUUGCUUUGGAUAAGAAGGUAAACUCAUAUCCAACAGUUAGAGGAUUUACUGCAAUAGGUACAGGAGGUGAUGAUUUUGUGCAAGCUAUGGUUAUUGCUGUUGAAUCUGUAAUUCAACAACCAAUCCCUGAGGGUCGAGUGAGGCAGAAAGUAUCUUCAAGGGGCAAAUAUGUGUCAGUCAACAUCGGUCCUGUUCAAGUUGUUUCUAGUGAGCAGGUUCAAGCUGUAUACAAUGCCAUGAGGAGAGAUGAUCGGAUGAAGUACUUUUUGUAGUAUGAAACUCCUUUUGUUUUGUAUAGAAUGCCGAUAUGUGGGGCUGAAAGAUUUGCCUCUCUUUUAAGAUUUCCAGUCUUUCUUUCCCAGUUAUGUUAUUUGAUAAGCACAGGUGUUAUUAGUUAAGAAAUCUUGAUUCAAUAUGAUCUGUUAGAUAUUUAUUUGAGAUGUAUAUUAUAAUGAUUUGAUAAUCACAAAAUAGGGAGCAAAUACCUUUUGUAAUUUCAUGCUUGAUCUACAAUAGAUAGAUUGGCUAUGGAUAAAAACUAUAUCGAGCAUGGUUAUGAAUUUCUUUCUUCAUUUU